GAAGCACAGCCUCCCCGACCUGCCCUACGACUACGGCGCCCUGGAACCUCACAUCAACGCGCAGAUCAUGCAGCUGCACCACAGCAAGCACCACGCGGCCUACGUGAAUAACCUGAACGUCACCGAGGAGAAGUACCAGGAGGCGUUGGCCAAGGGAGAUGUUACAGCCCAGAUAGCUCUUCAGCCUGCACUGAAGUUCAAUGGUGGUGGUCAUAUCAAUCAUAGCAUUUUCUGGACAAACCUCAGCCCUAACGGUGGUGGAGAACCCAAAGGGGAGAUGCUGGAAGCCAUCAAACGUGACUUUGGUUCCUUUGACAAGUUUAAGGAGAAGCUGACGGCUGCAUCUGUUGGUGUCCAAGGCUCAGGUUGGGGUUGGCUUGGUUUCAAUAAGGAACGGGGACACUUACAAAUUGCUGCUUGUCCAAAUCAGGAUCCACUGCAAGGAACAACAGGCCUUAUUCCACUGCUGGGGAUUGAUGUGUGGGAGCACGCUUACUACCUUCAGUAUAAAAAUGUCAGGCCUGAUUAUCUAAAAGCUAUUUGGAAUGUAAUCAACUGGGAGAAUGUAACUGAAAGAUACAUGGCUUGCAAAAAGUAA